UUCAUUCCCAGUCAGAGUACAUACCUGGGUUGCAGGUUUGAUCCCCUGUCAGGGUGUGUAUGAGAGGCAACCCAUCAAUGUUCUCUCUCUCAAAUCAAUAAAAAAAACACAUAUCCUCGGGUGAGGAUUAAAAACAAAAAGGGACUCUCUGUCUUGGUGGAAGAGUUUGGGUAUUACUUUAGUCUGUGUCUCUAGGCUGAAGCUCCUUUUUGCUCAGAUAACACCUUUUAUUCUUUACUAGAGGCCCGAUGCACAAAAUUUGUGCAAGGGGCUCGGCCCUCACAGCCCUCGAAGCCCCAGCUUUGUCCGUCAGGAGGACGUCUGGAAGGUUGUUCAGCUGUCCGGGCUAAUUAGCAUAUUACACUUUUAUUAUUAUAGAUUACAGGCUACAAUUGUUUUUGAUUUACACUAGGAGCUCAUCAGAGAUCCAUCAGACCAAUAUAUUAAGAAUUAUAAAAUACUGGUAAGUUGUGAUCUUAGAAAAUAAGAAUUGAUGCCCAAUGUAAACAAGAGUUUGUGGGCUUGUUGGACAAAGAUUAUAAAAUGAAUGGGAAAUGCAGAAAGGUAGAAAAUAAAAAUUUAUACUGCAUACAGCAUGUUUCAUUUUAUAUUUAGUGAUUAACUCUGGUUUUCCACAGUAAGGCUCUUUACAAAUAAGGAAACAGGUCUCUUAUCGAGUGGUUUAUUCAAAAUGCCUCGGGGCCUGAAUUAGUGGUGGAUUUACUUUUGCUGCAAGCCCAGCCUGGAGCUAGAGCUGUGAAGAUUCCAGAUGAUGGCUGACAUGCAAGGGAAGACUGGGCGUUGUCAACCUAAGAAAUGUUUAAACCUGUAGAGAAUUUUUAUGAGUGUAUUUGAGCCAAACUGACAGUUGCCAGAAAGCAAAAUCUUAACAUAUUGAGAAAAUGCUCCAGAGAAUGACAGAUUUGCACCUUAUUUUAUACAUUACAAUCAAAGGAGGAGGCUUAAGGGGUUACAUGAAAUCCAUGUAACUGGACAUGAUAGAUUAGGGAGGUGGGAGAAAGCAAAGUGGAGAAAUCUCUGGGAUUGGAUAAAAAGUAAAAUAAAUAGACACUUCUUUUACAUUUGUGGUUAUAGGAUAGUUAGCAGUUAACACUAUAACAAAUCAAGGGGGGUUUUGUGAUCUUUUCUCUGGUGCAGUGAGGGGUCCAGAAAAAAGGAAAUUACCCUGACAUUUCUCUUUUUUUUAAUCCUCGCCCGAAGAUAUGUUUUUAUUGAUUUUUUAGAGAGGGAGGAAGGGAGAAAGAAAUAUCGAUUGGUUGCUUCCCGUAAGAAGGGUUUUGUGGUCUCUGCUCUGGUGCAGUGAGGGGUCUAGAAUAAAAGAAAUUACACUGGCAUUUCUUUUCCUUUUCUCUUUACUCCUCACUCAAGGAUAUGUUUUUGUUUAUUUAUUUUUUAAUUUUUAGAGAAAGAGGAAGGGGGAGAGAGGGAAAGAGAUCGGUUGCCUCCCAUACUCACCCCAACCGGGGAUCAAUUCCACAACCCAAGUAUGUGCCUGACCGGAAAUUGAACCUGAAACCUUUUUUGGUGCAUGGGAUGAUGCUCCAACCAACUGAAACCCCUAGCCAGGGCACCCUGGCAUUUCACAGAUGCAAAAAGACAAUAGACAGGCUCAGUUAAAGUUAAAGAUUAACCUUUGUCAGGGUAUCUCCCCUGACAAAGGUCAAUCUUGCCAUGAUUAGUUUUUGUUAGAAAGUUUUAAUUUCAGACCAUCCUGUGUGGUUACUUUAGGUCUCAGUUUAUAAGGCAUACGGAGCAGGCCUUUGCUGAGCUUGUCAGGUUUAGUAUGUGGCCCCUUUUUGGUCCACAGUGUGGCACAGAGGACUUCAGGGACACAGUGUGGCACAGAGGACUUCGGGGGUACACUGUGGCACAGAGGACUUCGGGGGUACACUGUGGCACAGAGGACUUCCACAGCUCUGCUCAGGGGCUAGGUCUCAGGAAAGGAAGAGGGGACUGAGGAUUCCCAAAGCUGUUUGGGGAAGAGAGGGAAGGCUUUUUUCCCCCUUUUUUCAAUGAAUUAAAUUUUUCCUGAGAUCUCUAUUUGGUCUGGAAAACUAAACGAGUUUUAGCCUGGCUGGCCGUGGUUCAGUGGUUGAGCGAACGCGGACCUAUGAACCGGUAGGUCUGGGUUGCAGGCUCGAUCUCCAGUAGGGGGCGGUGCAGGAGGCAGCCCGACAGUGAUUCUCUCAUCAUUGAUGUUUCUAUCUCUGGAUCCCUCUCUCUUCCUCUCUGAAAUCAAUCAAUCAAUAAAUAGGUUGAUAGAUUUUAAGAGUUAAAACCUUUAUUUUUUCCUGGGCAUGAAGUACUAUAUUCAAACUAAUAGUCACUUUGGGUCCAUUAGAGGUGUUAAAACGGUGAUUCUACAUACACUGAGAUUCCCCACCGGGGGUUGGGGCGAGGCGGACCUCCCAAAGUUUUGAAGUCACGCCUUUCCCCUGUCAGCUCUCUGGCUCGAUUCCUGGGUGGGACACUGGGCUCCCUAAGCCCCGCCAUCCUGCAGCGGGUUCGGGGCCGGCCUGGGCCCCGCGAGCUGCGUCUGAGCGUGGCCCGCACCCGCCCGGCGCCCGCCCGACGGUGUCCACUCCCGCGGCCCAGGCGAGGCUGGGUGGCCCGCCCCCCUGGGUGGCCCCCGCGGCCGCCGGGACGCCAGGCUGCGGCCACGCGCGUGCGGUCCUUCGGGCUGCAGGGGGCGCUGUGUGUGCCCGCGGGCCGGGCCGCGAGCGCAGCUCUUGUUUAAAGGGCCGGCGGGGCACGUGGCUCGGACGCAGCUCGCGGCCGCCGGGCUGGGGCUCCGAGGCUGGGCGGCUCCGCUCCGCCUCCGCCGCCGCCAGCGCGCCGCGCCGGGCCCGACAGGCCGCCGGGAGGAGCUGCGAGCGAGGGACGGGCAGCCAUGGCCGAGGCGGCGCCCCACCGGGCUUCAGAGAGGGACAGACAAACAGGGGACGAAAGGCCUUCGACAACUUCUCCCUCACCCCAGCUGGCUGCUGAGAAGAACUCCUACCUCUACUCCACGGAGAUCACGCUGUGGACAGUGGUGGCUGCUAUCCAGGCCUUGGAGAAGAAAGUGGACUCCUGUCUGGCCCGCUUGCUGACUCUGGAGGGACGGACUGGGACAGCGGAGAAGAAGCUGGCUGACUUUGAGAAGACGACCUUGGAGUUCGGGAACCAGCUGGAGGGCAAGUGGGCCGUGCUGGGGACCCUGCUGCAGGAGUACGGGCUGCUGCAGAGGCGGCUGGAGAACAUGGAGAACCUGCUGAGGAACAGGAACUUCUGGAUCCUGCGGCUGCCCCCGGGCAGCAAGGGAGAGGCCCCCAAGGUGCCCGUGACCUUUGAUGAUGUGGCCGUGUAUUUUUCCGAGCUGGAGUGGGGCAAGCUGGAUCCUUGGCAGAAGAAUCUGUACAAGCACGUGAUGAGGGGCAACUACGAGAUGCUGGUCUCCCUGGAUUAUGCCAUCUCCAAACCAGACAUCCUCACUCGGAUAGAGAGGGGAGAGGAUCCUUGUCCUGAAGGCCUGUGGGGCCAGGAGGAGGGGGAAGAGAGAGAGGCAGCUUGCCCGGGAAGGCCGGACGCUGUUCCAGAGCACAUUCCCAGCCCAGUCAGGUCUGACCAGGAGGGUCCAAAUGAAAGGCAGGCCCCCGAGCACCAGAGAGACUCAGGAGCAAGAAUAACUCCACCUGGAACAAGCACGGGGCCCCCAGCCAGUACCAGCAUUUUGUCCGCAAUUAAACUGGAGGAAGAUUCUUCAGAUGGGGAGUCCCCUGUCUCCCCUCCUAGGGACAUCCUGCCCAGCAUGGGGCUAGGUGGUGCUGGAGGUGUGGUCAUCAAGACGGAGGCACAGUCCGAGGACGAGAUGAUGCCCGAGCAGCUCUUCCUGGGGAAGCCCCCCGGCCAGACCCAGAGUGCAGUCCCCAAGGGGCCCAAGAGCAGGACUGGGGGUCCCCGCCAGCUUCAUGCCCAGGGAGUGCCCAGGGUGCGCGCUGGGGACCCUCGGCCUCGGCCGGCAGGGGCGGUGGGGGAGGUGCCCCGCAUCCUCCCUCGCCGGCGAGAGCGGACCUUCCCCUGCCCCGACUGCGGGCAGAGCUUCCGCUUGAAGAUCAACCUGACCAUCCACCAGCGGACCCACGUGGAGGAGCAGCAGCGGCAGGCCCGGGCCAGCUCGCCCAGCGGGUGGGGGGAGGCCCACUCCGCGCUGGAGCCUGGGGAGGUGGUGGUGUCCGGGCCCGUCAUCCGCUGGCUCCCCGAGGAGCCCGAGGGCCGCCGCGCCCUGGCGGGCCGGUCCUUCGUGGGGCGGAGGCCGGCGGCCAAGGUGUACCACUGCAGCGAGUGCCUGCGCUUCUUCCAGCGGCGCAAGAGCCUGCUGCUGCACCAGCGGCUGCACACGGGCAACAGCCAGGGCUGGCCGGCCUGCCCCUACUGCGGCAAGGCCUUCCGCCGGCCCUCGGACCUCUUCCGGCACCAGCGCAUCCACACCGGGGAGCGGCCCUACCAGUGCCCGCAGUGCGGCCGGGCCUUCAACCGGAACCACCACCUGACCAUCCACAUGCAGACCCACGCGCGGGGCCAGGCCUGCCCGGGGAGCCCGCCCCGGCCCGGCCACUCGGAGGAGGGCUGACCCGGCAGGAGCCCGGGCACCGGCAGGACCGUCUCUCCGCCUGUUGGGCCCUGCCCCUCGGGCCUGACGCUGGCUCCUGGUUCUGGGAUGGCUUUGGAGAGAGCUUUUUCUUUUCAUUCAAAUGGAAGCAGCACCCUUCUUGGUGACAGUGUAUGAGCGACACAGUUGCUUCCAUUCCUGUCUCCUCAGUUUGUUACUCUUCGCUGCCUUUUCUACAUUCCUGACUCACAAAGGACCCCCUCAGGCUUAGGGGUGUCUCGUUUUGGGUGGGGGCCUUUGCGGAUUCCAUGGACGGGCACGUGGACCAGGGAUCACGGUGCUUUCAGUAGAGGCGAUGGAAACAUUGAGGUCCUGGGGUGUUGAUUGUACAUAGAGGACUGGGGCCCGCUGUACGUGAAAAACAGCAGAGCGGACAGGCAGCCUGAAGAGUAGGCCCUGGAAGUUAGGCUUUUCUACUUUGUUACUUUGAAACUUUUUUUGCCUCCUUAGGAAGCUUUUCUGGUGCUUUUGUAAGAGUUGUGUGUGGUUGCCAAGGGGACCACGAGCCGCUGGGCGGCAGGACUAAUCUGCCACCUGCCUCUGCGUGGGGACCGUAGGGCCGGGUCCAGACCAGCCUGGGUGUUGAUGGGAUGCCUUGGCUGCUGCCCUGGAAACCAGGUGUCUUCCCAAGUGUGUGUGCCUUGGCCCAGAGUGAUUCCUGUUGUUCCUGGGCCUUCCUGUAGAGGGGGUUGAUUGACUUUGGUUAUCAGUAGAGAAGUGGAAACUGAAGCCCAGAGUAGAUGAUGUCCCCAUGGUCUCAGUGUUCAAGGGUGUGCAUGCUCCAUGCCCAUAGGUCGCCACAAGGGGAGGGGGGUGCCUCAGGAAGCAAGCCCAAGAAGCUCCUUCUGAGCAAAAGGUCCAGGUUUGGGUGAGGCUGGUCAGCCAACUGGGUGGUUUGUCAUGUUAAAGGAGGGGGCUGUCUCCAAGAACUAGGGCCUUCUGCAGCGUUCGACCAGGAGACCUGGAUUAAUUUGUUCACCACCUCCAGCCUGGUGUUCCUCAUUUACCCCAGUGCAUCCUACCUCACCUUAGGGUUGUCAGGGUCAUAAUAGACUAAGAGGCAACCAAAUAGGAAGCCUGGUUUCUUCCUUCCUUUCAAGUUCUGGGCCGCUUCUCUCUUCUGUGUUGACCUCCAGCCCAGUCUCUCAGGAUCCAUCAGGAAGAGCCUUUAUUUUGUGAAGUGAGUGGAAGGUCAGGUGGGUGCAGAGUGGGGUGAGUUUCUCAUUGGGUUUUAUCCGCAGGAGCGCUUGGUAUUUCAGUGAAACAAAUUCUUACCAAAGCAGAGAGUCAAACUGAAUGCUCAGGCAAUAGCAUCAUGCCUCAUGGAGAAGUCUUGACAGCAAUGAGCUCCUUGUGCCUCUUAAAUCAUACCACUCUGGGUGCUGUCUCUAGACCAGCCCUCCAGUUGGGUGAUUUUGAAGCUUGGGUGAUGGGUCCUCAGCUGUUCUGAUUGUCUUAUUUGUCUAGCACUAUGUGAAGAGGACUGCAUCCAGGUGCCUGGGUCCCUGGCUGUGCCCUCUCAGACUGUACAUGAACAGAGUUUGGGGCAGAUGGUAACAUUGCCAUCAUCUCUAGGGCACAAGUGAGUAUACAAGUCAGUGACAGCUCAGCCAAGCUCCCCUGGGCUUGGGAAGAAGAGGUGCCACUGUUUGUCUAUACUGGUAGCCCUCACCCCUCUCCAGGGGCCCCACAAGUCUGGGCAAGGCUGUCAGCAAGUGCUCAAACAGGAUGUGGUGCAAGUGUAGCUGCUCUGAUCUUAACCCUCAGCUGCAAGAGCUGGUCUCAGGUGUUUCCCUGGGGAUGCCUCAGGGCUAAGAGACGCCCUGUGCCAAUACUGGUAUCCUUAGAAGCCAAACCGUGAGAAAUUGCAAGGCACCUACGCCCCCUUCUUCCAAAGCAGUAAAUGUGCUGGAUGCCAGGCAAGGCCUUGUGAGUUCUGACACCCAGUAGGUGUUCAAAGAAAGUUGUGCCUCCAAAAUGAGUCAAGGGAGCCUGUGUGUUGCAGGAGCAGAUUGGACCUCAGGGACUCCAGAGGCUGGAGCCUGGUAUGGCCUUAUGCUCACUCCCAGCUCUGGGUCUUGGCUUCCUCAUUUGUAAAACAAAGAAAGGUGGGGUGCUGGUGUUAAAGGCCCUGAAGAACUGAUGGUGGCAGUUCAGUUCCUUGCCUCAGUCUAGAGUCAAUAAAUAUAUUGGACUAAUUGAGUGCGUGCACAUGACCUGGUUCCUGCUCUCUGGUACAGACAGCUGCGGUACAGGGCGGUUUCUGGGUGGGAUGCUCCGCACUAGCACAGGGACUCUGCUGCUGCUCACACCUGCCAGGUUUCCCACAGCACACUGUGUGUGUCUGUUUGCGGGGGAGGGGAGGAGGAUGCUCUAGAACACUCACAGACUGAACUAGCACUUGCUAUGUAUCAGUGCCCUGGGAAGUUUUCAGGACUCAGGUUUCUCACUCACUUUGUUUCUCCUGCUGGGCUGUGUCCCUGGGUGAAGUGGUUGGUUAAGUAAUUGACUAAGCUCAUAUCACUUGUGUGGUAUAGCUGCGAUUCAAAUCCUUUACACUCUUCAUUUAUUGUGGUAAUGCUUUGUUAGUUCAUCUUAUAUUGCCUCUGGGUCUUGGUUCAAGAUUCUUCCCAUGGGGGUCCUGUGGAGUCCAGCGUCUGCUGUCUUUGACAGUCUUCCAGGUGGGCUCUGUUUGGGGGUCUGACCAAUGAGGCCUUUGGGUGCCUGGAAGAAGUUUCCCCCUAUUCCAGAGCAUCCUGACCUACCUGUAGCUAGAAAUGGCUCUGGACCCCUCUCCUGAUGGCUGACUCACCUCCUUAUGUCUAAUACAGGAAUGGCAUAUGGGGAGGCUCAAUUCCAAUCUGCAGAGACCUCCCUUCUGGCCAUCUUGGCUGCCAUUCAGCCCAUGGAAAGAAGAUGAAGUCCCAGGCACUCUGACUAAAGAGCUUGGAAGGAUGGAUGGACAAGGACAGCUGAAGAAAAGAGAAGCUGGCGACUUUAAGAAAACCUUGUAUAGAAUUGUACACUUAAAGCCUAUAUGAUUUUAUUAACCAAUGUCACCCCAAUAAACUCAAUUUAAAUAAAUGA